GGAUUUCCAUUCUGCUGGUUCAUGAUGUUGUGCCAUCAGGUCCUCCUUGUCAUUGGGCUGUCGCUAGCUAGUGGUGUGUGUGCAUCUAGAAGGUGCUACUCAGAAGCCCAGGUCUCCAUAUAUUUUUUCUGCGGCCUCACAGAUGUUCCACCUGUGCCAAAGGAUACAGUGAAGCUUUUCCUGACUUAUAACUAUAUCAGACGAGUGACUUCGUUUCCAGUGCUGGAGCACUUGUGGCUGUUGGAAAUCGGAACCCAGUUAGUCCAUCCUGUUACCAUAGGAAAAGGAGCGUUCAGGAACCUGACAAACCUUCAUAUCUUAGACUUGGGAGGCAAUAAGAUUCUUCAACUGGAUCUUGAUGCUUUUGUGGGCUUGCAAAAACUGACUGUCCUCCGUCUGUUUCACAACUACCUUGGAGAUUCCAUCCUGGAAGAAUGUUACUUUCAAGAUUUGAGGUCAUUGGAAGAAUUGGAUCUUUCAAUGAAUGAAAUCACAAAACUUCAUCCCCAUCCCUUAUUUUAUAACCUAACAGCCUUGAAAAGUGUGAACCUGAAACUCAACAAGAUAUCCAACUUUUGUCAAACCAAUCUUACCAGCUUCCAAGGAAAACACUUUUUAUUUUUUAACCUCGGUUCUAAUCAUCUGUACAAGACAGAAGAUGUGGCCUGGCCCAAGUGCCCCAAUCCUUUCAAAAAUAUUACAUUUAGCUCACUAGACCUUAGUGACAAUGGCUGGAGUACAGAGAGUGUCCAGUAUUUCUGCACAACCAUUGAAGGGACUCAAAUAAGUUCUUUAAUAUUUAGCACUACUAUAAUGGGUUCAGGAUUUGGCUUUAAUAACUUAAAAAAUCCAGAUGAUUCUACUUUUGCAGGACUAGGGAAAAGCAAUCUUAGGUUCUUUGAUAUUUCACAGGGUUACAUUUUUUCUCUCAGUUCUUUAGUCUUUCAAAGUCUUGGCAAUCUGGAAUCACUGAACCUUUUCAAAAACAAGAUAAAUCAAAUCCAAAGGCAAGCAUUUUUUGGCUUGGACAACCUAAAAAUUCUCAAUCUCUCAAGUAACCUUUUGGGUGAGUUGUACGAUUAUACUUUUGAGGGUCUACACAGUGUAAUGUAUAUUGAUAUACAGCAAAAUCAUAUUGGGAUGAUUGGUGGCAAUUCAUUCAGAAAUUUAGUAAAUCUGAAAAUAAUUGAUCUCCGAGACAAUGCCAUUAAAAGACUCCCUUCCUUUCCACGUCUGACCUCUGCCUUUUUAGGUGACAAUAAGCUAAUGUCUGUAGACGACGUAGCAAUAACUGCAACACACCUCGAAUUAGAAAGAAAUUGGUUGGCAAACCUAGGUGACCUGUAUGUUCUUUUCCAAAUUCCAGAUCUGCAAUAUAUCUUCUUAAAACAGAACCGGUUCUCUUACUGUGAGAAUAGUGCUAAUGUUAUAGAAAACAAUCAGUUAGUAUAUAUGGAUCUAGGUGAAAAUAUGUUACAGUUGGUGUGGGAGAGAGAUUUAUGUUUGGAUGUGUUUGGGGCAUUGCCCAAACUUCAGGUUCUACAUCUGAAUAACAACUACCUUAGUGCUCUUCCACAGGAGAUUUUUAGAGGUCUAACAUCUCUUAAAAUACUUAACCUGGCUUCCAACCUGUUGUCUCAUCUCUCUCCCGGGCUUUUCCCACAAAGCCUAACAAACCUAAACUUAUCAGGAAACCAGCUGUUUUCCCCUGAGCCUGAAGUCUUUAUAACUUUGAGUAUUCUGGACAUAACACAUAAUAAUUAUGUUUGUGAUUGUGCUUUAAAGAGCCUGCUAGUGUGGCUGAAUGAAACCAAUGUAACCCUGUCUGGCUCUCAGUCUGACAGGUACUGUGUGUACCCCCCUGCCUUUGAAGGGGUACCCCUGUCACAUAUGAUAUACGAUGGCUGUGAUGAAGAUGAACUCCAGCAGACACUCAGAUUCUCACUAUUCAUCUUCUUUUCGGUCAUUCUUCUCGUGUUUCUGGUGGCAGUCGUCAUUUUUACUCGCUGCCGGGGGAUUUGUUUCAUCUGGUAUAAAACCACCACAAAAAGACUGAUAGACAACCAACCACGAGCAGCAGAUAAAAGUGAAUACAAAUAUGAUGCAUAUCUGUGCUACAGCAAAAAUGACUUUGAAUGGGUCCAGAAUUCUUUGCUAAAGCACCUGGAUUCACAGUAUUUUGAUAAAAACAGAUUUACCUUGUGUUUUGAGGAAAGAGAUUUCUUGCCUGGGGAAGAACAUAUCAACAAUAUUCGUGAUGCCAUUUGGAGCAGCAGGAAAACAAUUUGCAUUGUGACCAGGCAUUUUCUCAAAGAUGGGUGGUGUGUGGAAGCCUUUAAUUUUGCCCAGAGCAGGUACUUCUGUGAUCUGAAGGAUGUCCUCAUUAUGGUAGUGGUUGGGUCACUUUCUCAGUAUCAACUGAAGAAACACAAACCAAUUCGAAACUUCUUACAAAGGAGUCAGUAUUUGCGGUGGCCUGAAGAUUAUCAAGAUGUAGACUGGUUUUUAGAUAACCUUUCUUGCCAAAUUCUGAAGGAAAAAAAAGUGCAAAGGAAAACCAGUGGUAUAGAGCUGCAGCCUAUAGCAACUGUCUCACAUUGACUAUGUGAGUUCCUGGCAAAUAUCCCAUUUCCAACUGUGCCAUAGCAGGAAUAAACAGAAGAUGGCUUCAUCUUUCCUUGAAAAGACAUGCAGAAUGGUAACUAUUUCAGUAUAAAUCCUUCAGAACACAGAGACAAAGCAACCAGCAGAUUUAUGAAAGUGCAAAUGGACUACAACAUGCAUUUUCAGAAGAAUUGAAUGAAUCACGGAUUCUUCAUAUUUUGGAUACAUCUUCAGGCACUUUAGUCCUGAUUUUGGAGUACUGCUUAAUGGUCUGUUUCAGCUAGAGAAGGAUGCUUGUGGUUGUUUUUUCAAAGAAAACCCAUGGUACUGUCCAGGAGUGACCAAAAGUGCUCUCCGGCACUGCCAAGCCCGAUCAUUGUGCUUCCUGGACUACUUAAUUCUGUGCUUGCUGCACUGGUAACUUUUCAUGCUCUGUUUAACAUAGUUUUGCACCUUUAUGCUUUAUAUUGGUGUAACACAGACUUAAUUUGUUUGUUUUCUUCUCAAUUAAGCUCAGCUCAGCUGGAACAUACAAACUUUGGACUCCAUUCGUGCCCUUCCCCUCCACCAACUUCUCUGCUUGGUGGUCAAAUUACAAUCAUUAGUCUACAACAUUUGCUACUUGCUAAGCUUUGGUGCUUUUUCACUCGACCUGCCUCCUGCCCUGCAGAGAGGAACCACUAUUCCCUUUGGAUCUGAAGCAAGCCUGAGCCAAGAAACUACCUCAGCAGCUGUGCAGGCUGUACCCUGGUGACAGGGCUUUUGCAUUCUGGGAGUGGGAAAUACACUUGUACUUUGUAAUUGUCCUGUGUAAUUUGGGUUGUCCUCAGCACACCCCGUGUGCUGAUCAAUUCUAAGGUGUUUCCUUGCUUCUGUUGAAAUGUUUUUCUAGAGACAUUAAUGCCUAGCUCUCUCUUCUCUAAUUAUUUUACUGCUGUCUGCUCAGUAUAUGUCUUCAAGGGGUUGUUUAGGGUAAUUUUAAUAAAAUUCUGACUCAAUGUUCGCUGUUACAGGACCUGCACCUAUUAUGUUGAACUUGACGUAGUCCUUGCAUGUACUGUUCGGGUCUGUUUGUGCAUUUGUUCAACAAAAGCUUACCAAAAUAAUUUCAGUGUUGUCUCAGUUAGACUUCUUGCAGUAGUGAGGAAGCAGGAAUGGGAGGUUUUAUAAGUUGUCUGCCUCAACCUUAGCUGCAAAUAAAUAACAUUAUCUUAACUGUUUUGAUAGAGAUGAAAGAGUGUAAUCCACUUUGUGUGAAUGCAGGCGUUGGAAUAUAGAUGUGGCUGAUCUAAUUUACUCUCAGCACAGUAUACACGAUUGCUAUUGAUAAAAUUACUACAGCAAAAUAUCUCUUCCUUCUCAAUAAGUGUAGUCAUUCAGGAAGGCAAAAAGGGCUAAACCUUGGAAUAUUUUCCAGGCGGCAUGGACACGGGGCUGCAGAUGUAAGAAGGGAUUGACUGUGCUGCUGGAGCUCUGGGUGUCGCUGUUGGCUCAGGUAACAGCCCGGCUUUCCUGAGCCCCUCCUGUCUCCUGUAGCUGCUGGCAGGAGGGGAAAAUCCUGCUGCAGGGAGAGAGGGCUGGGAAAGCACAGCAGCCCUGUCUUCCCAGAGCCCGCCCUGAGCCGUCAGAAGAGUCACCACGGGCAUUUCAGCUCUCUGCACAUCUUACAUUUCUCUAAAAAAGUACAACUCUUUCUCUUUUUGUCCCAUCAGCCAGUGCAGAUAUUUAUAGGCAUCCUUUAAAUGCAGAGGCUAUACCAGGGAGUAUUUCACAUAAAACCCACUGGCAGAUAGCCAAAGCAAGAAUGAAUCUGUACAAUGAAGAUCAUCUGCAGGUCCAGGUGCUUAGUCUAUGGAUCUGUGCAUGGUGUAAGAGUUGGGGAUUUAAAAGCACCCUUAAGAAAUUAUAUUCAAACGAGUAUCACAAAAUAUUUUUGGUCAAGUGUUAAUUUAGAGCCCUCUCCACUUAGGACCUUAGUGUAUAUUUACAAAAUACUCCUGUCACUUCACUGCUAACCUGUGUAUGCAGGAAUGACAAGUAGAUACAGGAGAUGGCUUAAACCAAGGCUUUUCCAUUUCAUUUGAAAAGCUUCUGUCUAUUCCAUGCUUAUGCCACUGGUGGGAGAUGGCUACAUAAGGUUUGCAUUUACUUCAGACUUUGGAAAGGUCUGACUUUUUA